GGAGAUUCAACGGGACGCCUUGGAAGAAAACUUUCUAAAGAUUCUCGUCUGAGAGGGAAGAAAAUCAAACGGAGUCAGGAUCAGGGUAGGUAGGGGACCUGGACGUGCAUCCACACCCACCAAGGAUGCACUGAACUGGGAAACAUCUGCUGAAGUGUCCCCUUCAACGCAGCUAUGGCCUCAGCGACGUCUAGCCCGGGACCUGCCUCUCUGGGCUCCCAGGUUCAUGCUGCAGCUGUCAAUGGAGAUAGGAGUGCGCUCCUCAAACUCAUCACAGCAGAGCCCUCACUGCGGGACCGUGAAGACCAGUUUGGUCGGACCCCUUUGAUGUACUGUGUGCUGGCAGACCGCCUGGAUUGUGCAGAGAUUCUGUUGAAGGCCGGAGCCUCGGUCAACAAGACCGACCACAGCCAGCGCACCGCUCUGCACCUCGCUGCACAGAAGGGGAAUGUGCGUUUCCUGAAGCUGCUGUUGUCGAGGCGUGCUAACUGGCUGCAGAAAGAUCUAGAGGAGAUGACCCCGCUCCACCUGGCCACCCGACACCCCUCCCCAAAAGCCCUCGCCCUGCUGCUCAAACACAUCGGACCUGGAGAGGUUGACACACAAGACAAGAACAAGCAAACUGCUUUACACUGGUCAGCGUUUUAUAACCGACCAGAACACGUCCGCCUCCUGAUCAAGCACGAUUCCAACAUCGGCAUCCCAGACAGCGAGGGCAAGAUCCCCCUGCAUUGGGCCGCACACAGUCAGGAGCCCAGCGCCACACAAACUGUCCGCUGUAUACUGGAGGCAGCUCCCACUGAGUCCCUGUUGAACUGGCAGGACUAUGAGGGGCGGACGCCCCUGCACUUUGCUGUUGCUGACGGUAACGAGGCAGUGGUGGAGGUGCUGACAUCUUACGAGGGCUGUAAUGUGACAGCUUAUGAUAACCUCUUCAGGACGCCACUGCACUGGGCUGCUCUGCUCGGCCAUGCCAAAAUUGUCCACCUGCUGCUGGAGAGAAACACAUCAGGCACUAUUCCCUCAGACAGCCAAGGAGCUACACCUCUGCACUAUGGAGCUCAGAGCAACAAUGCUGAGACAGUUGGUGUGUUCCUGUCCCACCCCUCGGUGAAGGACGAACCCGAUCUGGAGGGGCGGACGGCCUUUAUGUGGGCCGCUGGGAAGGGCAGUGAUGAUGUCAUCCGCACCAUGUUGGCCCUCACCCCUCACAUUGACAUCAACAUGGCCGACAAGUACGGAGGCACCGCACUCCAUGCAGCCUCCCUGUCAGGCCAUGUGAGCACAGUGAAGCUACUUUUGGAGAAGGGAGCGAUGGUCGACUCUCUGGAUGUGAUGAAACAUACACCGCUGUUUCGCGCCUGCGAAAUGGGGCACAGAGAUGUCAUACUCACACUCAUCAAAGGUUCUGCACGUGUGGACCUGGUAGACGUGGAUGGUCACACUGCUCUGCACUGGGCUGCCCUGGGAGGAAAUGCUGAGGUCUGCCAGAUACUGAUGGAGAAUGGGAUCAGUCCUAAUGUACAGGACCAGGCAGGACGGACUCCUCUGCAGUGUGCUGCUUAUGGCGGCUACAUCACCUGCAUGGCUGUUCUCAUGGAGAACAAUGCUGAUCCAAACAUACAGGACAAGGAGGGGCGGACAGCUCUUCACUGGUCAUGUAACAAUGGCUACCUGGAUGCUGUGAAACUGCUGCUGGGCUACAGUGCUUUUCCUAAUCACAUGGAGCACACUGAGGAGCGGUACACCCCACUGGACUACGCUCUGCUGGGGGGGCACAGUGAGGUGACUCAGUUUAUGCUGGAGCACAGCGCUCUGUCCAUAGCAGCCAUCCAGGACAUUGCUGCUGCCUCCAUCCAGGCUGUCUACAAGGGCUACACUGUCCGCAAGGCCUUCAGGGAGAGAAAGCAGCUCCUCAUGAGACACGAGCAGCUGCGCAAGGAUGCAGCUAAAAAACGAGAAGAAGAACAGCGGAGAAGAGAAGCCGUGCAACAGGUUUCAGCAUCCACUGCAGAGAAAUGGAGGGUCUCUUUGGUGAGAGCAGAGCAGGAAAAGCUCUCUUUAGUCAACAUCAUGGAGGACUUAUCCAUGAAUGACUCUGUGGUGGAAACAAAGAAAUCAUCCAAAGCUGAAGGCACCAAGAGCAAAGAGGAGAGACACAAAGCUCACAAAAGCAGAUCCUCCAGAAGAAGCAAAGCAGCUGAACCGCAUGACGUUGCUGAGGCUUCGAGCCACCACAGUCAUGUUACCGGUGACACAGUUCCCGGUGCUCCCCAGACCACCAGGCUGAAAGAACUUCUCUCUCCUGCCAGCUGCAGUCAGCCACCCGGCUUCAAACCCAGACCCCCCUCCGCGCCCAAAGUCAGGGAACGACCUUCAUCGAUCACAGGCACUCCUUCCACAAGUGUCGUCUCUAUGGACCAAGCUGAGAUCAGUUCCAGAGGACGCAUCCCUCUAAAAAAGAGUGUGCAGACUGUCCCUGGCAAGACUGAUGCUCACACCUCUCCACAAAAGCACAGAAACCACAAGGAGCAGACUUCAGAGAGGGCCGCUACCAAAGACCAAACUCACAUUCCCUCAUUAAGAAGCAGUUCAUCUUUAAACCACAAAAGCCCCUCCAGAAAGACUGGCACACAUGCACCAAUCUCAACACGCACACACAGGGGACAGGACAAAGAGCAACGCAGGAGGAGGAACGAGGCUGCAAGAAUCAUCCAGCGAGCCUGGCGAAGGUUCCACGCACGCAGGCAGAGAGGGUUAACGGCCAGCGAAGAGGUGGAAUCAAACUAUGUCCAGAGCAGGAAGAGGAUGGAUGUCAGAGCUCUGCCCUCUAAACCAACUGCGACUAAGAGCUCUGUGCUUCAAAGUAUCUAUGGCAACUCUAUGGCCAGACGAGGGCGUUCACUGCGGGGCUCUCAGUCUCAGCUGCUCCUGGACAUGCCGCUACGCACCCAGAGCCAGCUGAGCAGUAUAGACUGUGUACACCUGACUGACGCGGUGGAUCAAGCCAAGCAGUUCUCUUACCACCUGAGACCACAUAGCGCUGGACAGGGGACCAGAGGACGGGGAAAACAUUGAAGCUACACACACACACACACACACACCUCAUGUUCUUUGAUGUUUUCUCAGCUGGCUGGCGGCCUUACCUCUAUAGAAUUACUAUACACAUUGUUCGCUCAAUGUGCCAAGCUUUCUAAAAUUAAGCCAUAUGACAUCAGAGCCAUGACCUCACAGGGUGGGGUUAAGUCUACAGAAAUGGUGUGUGUAAAAGAUAACCUUUCAUCCAUUGUGGAAGGAACACAUACACACUCCAUCUCCCUCAUUCUCCAUCGCUCUCGCACACACACUGAGAUAACCUUUCCUCCUGCUGUGGAGAAUGAGGCCGUCUAUCAACAGCCGGUCAUACAGAUAGCCCA